CCCGUCAUAAUAUCUUGCACCUGGGCCCGUCGUUACUACGUUACGCCACUGGUUCUGCAGCUCCACUCUCAACAAUCUUGGUCGCCAUAACAGUUGGUUUAGUUAGCCCCCUUCCCAUCAUUCAGCCUAGUAUUCGACUGACGCUUUUAUCCAAUGUAACAGAGCAGAUAUAGCCUUUCCUCAUCAGGGCUGCAACUCCUCCCUUCCUAUCGAACUCACAUUCCUCUCGCACAACGCGGAACUUGGUGUGUGCGGCUCUCGUCAUGGCCUCUCUUCGUUCACUCGACGCGCGCUUUGGUGAAGCAGUUCGUGAGGCUCACUGAGAGACAUCUGCGGGCAUGUCCACACGGAUACAAACACCAUCAGGUGGACAAAGAAGUUCGACCCGGCAGAGUCGGUGUAGUGUAAUCACAAACCUCGUCUAUUUUCGGACGUGAUGGACUCUACUCCAGAUGUGAAGAAGAAAAGGAGCGGAGACUCUGAAGGGGGCAUGUCUAAAUAUGACUCUGAAGGGGGCGUGUCUACAUGUGACUCUGACAGCGUCCAGCAGGGGGCAUCAGACACACAGUCCAAGAGGACAGACGAGACAGAGAGGGACUCUGCUGCAGAACACAGAUGGACACCAGAAGAGGCAGAGGUCCGUGAGAAACUCAGAUCCACUCUGAAGGGGAAAUUUCAGCAUCUGGCUGAGGGAGUACCACAUCAGGGAGACACCAGACUCCUCCAUGAGAUCUACACAGAUCUCUACAUCACAGAGGGGGGAAGAGGAUGGUUCAAUAAUGAACAUGAGGUCAGACAGAUAGAGAUAGCAUCCUGGAUAGAAGCAGAUCGAGACAGACCAGUCAAAUGCAGUGACAUCUUUAAACCCUUAUCUGGACAAGACAAACACAUCAGAACAGUGCUUACAGAGGGAGUGGCUGGCAUUGGAAAAACAAUCUCUGUGCAGAAGUUCAUUCUAGACUGGGCUGAAGGAAAAGCCAAUCAGGAUGUCUACUUAAUAUUUCCUCUUCCUUUCCGAGAGCUGAACCUAAUGAAGGAGAAGAAAAUCAGUCUGGCGGAGCUACUUCAACACUUUCACCCAGAAAUAAAAAAUCAAGCAAUCUUCAGCAGUUCAGAGCACAUGUUUAUCUUUGAUGGUCUUGAUGAGUGUCGACUUCCUCUAGAUUUCCACUCCAACCCAAGGUGUUGUGAUGUGACAGAGCCAGCCUCAGUGGACGUGCUGCUGACAAACCUCAUCAAGGGGAAUCUGCUUCCCUCUGCUCUCCUCUGGAUCACCACCCGACCAGCAGCAGCUCAUCUGAUCCCUCCUAAGUGUGUGAACCAGCUGACUGAAAUAAGAGGAUUCAACAACUCACAGAAAGAGGAGUACUUUGGGAAGAGAAUCAGUGAUGAGAAUUUGGCUAACAGAACCAUCACACACCUGAAGUCAUCCAGGAGCCUCUACAUCAUGUGCCACAUUCCAGUCUUCUGCUGGAUUACCGCCACUGUUGUGGAGAGAACUUCAGAUGAAUCGGGGAGUGUACAAAUGCCAAGGACUCUAACUCAAAUGUACACACACUUCCUGAUCAUUCAGACAAGCAUGAAAAAGCACAAGUACACAGGGAGAAAUGAGACAGAUGAAGAGAUUAUUUUCAAACUGGGGAAACUGGCUUUCCAACAACUGGAGAAUGGCAAUCUGAUCUUUUAUGAGGAAGACCUGAGAGAGUGUGGCAUUGAUGUCACAGAAGCGUCAGUGUACUCAGGAGUGUGUACUCAGAUCUUCAGAGAGGAGGCUGGGCUGUACCAGGGGAAGGUGUUCAGCUUUGUGCAUCUGAGCAUUCAGGAGUAUCUUGCAGCUUUAUAUGUGUUCCUCUGCUUCAGCAACAGAGAGAGAAACAUGCCUGACCAACAGCAAACCUCUCCGCUCUCUGCUCUGUUCAGAGCUUCAACACUUCAUGACCUACACACGACUGCAGUGGAUCUGGCCUUACAGAGUGAGAACGGACACCUGGACCUUUUCCUCCGCUUCCUUCUUGGCCUCUCUCUGGAGUCCAAUCAGAAUCUCCUAAGGCACCUACUGCCACAGAUAAGAAGGCAAUCACAGAGCCCAGAGCAAACAGUCCAGUACGUCAAGGAGAAGAUCAGAGACGAGGCGAUCAGAGAGAAGAAUACUUCAGACAGAAUGGUUAACCUGUUCUACUGUCUUAAUGAGUUGAAUCACCAUGCUGUAGUAGAGGUCAUUGACAGGAGCUCAGGAACUCUGUCUGUAGUCAUGCUCUCACCAGGAGAGUGGAGGACUGUGAGGUUUAAGUUUGAGAUUUCAGGAGAUCACCUGGAUGAGUUUGAUCUGCAGAAGUACAUAAAGACACCAGAGAAAGAUCUGACUGAACUCCUCAGUCCAGAUGAAGUUCUUCAGAGGCUGGUGCCAGUGGUCACGGCAUCCACAUCAGCUGAGCUGCAGCAGUGUUCCCUCACAGAGAAGAGCUGUGCUGCUUUAGCAUCAGCUGGCAGAUCAACCUCCUGCAGUUUGAAGAAGCUGAACCUGAAUCACAAUCCUCUUCAUGAUGCAGGAAUUCAGCAUCUCUCAGACCUCCUCAAGAGUCCCCACUGCAAGCUGGAGACACUAGUGUGAGUGUUAACACACAACA